AUGGAGACCAUAAAGCGAAAACGGAGUGAAAGUCUCCGGCCUGAAGUUAACUUCGCCGUUAAGAAUAGAGUGCUAUAUGAAAGCGAUAAAUGCGGAUUGAAAGGCCAAGUGGAGGUCCCGAAGAUUCGGGUUGACGGAGAAUGUAAGUGUUUUUCUCAGACUUCAUAAGACGGGAUUUUUUGAAAUUUUGAAAGUCUUAUCUAUCUAUCAAAUAUGUCAAAUUGUGAGAAUUUGAACUUGCGGUUCCAGCAAGGGUGGCGAUAUUAAGCGAUCGUUUUUUCUGAGAGACCGUGCAAUAUGAAGAGAGUUCCUUUCAAAAAGUUACAAAACGUUAUUCUGCUGCAUAUAUUUUUUUCAACAGGUGUAACCUCCAAACAGCGAAACUCUUCUAUACACGGCAUUCUGUACUUUUGGGACACCUCCAAAAUUUUUUUAUUUUUUCAAAAAUGACCUUCUUCUUUAAUCCAUUGCUCGCUAGCUGUUCAAGCUAGAGACAUAAAAAUUUGCCAGGAUAUAUAGUAAAGGCUCCACUUUCAGACUAUAUAAAAAUUGUAAUGAACCCCGCUCUGAAAGCUCCUCAAUAAGAGGCCAAAAUAUUUCAUUCUUAAACCUGUGCGUUGGCUUUAUUUUGAUCAAGCUGUAUAGCUUUGCAAUUGUAGUAUUAUUUUUUCCUUUUCCGUUACUUGUUUGUGUCGAACAGUGUUAUAAUUUAUCCUCUUCCGGGUUUAAUCCGUUCGAUUGUUUCCAGAGGAAAAAAGAAUUUUAUAUUAGGAUCAUUAGGCCGUUGUCUAUUUUUUGUGUUCUUUAGACUCUUUCUUUAAAAAAGUCUGAACUUUGGAUCACAAAAAAAUAUGUGUUAUAGAAAGGCUUCAUUCUAUCAAGUUUUUUUAAAAAGCUGUCUCUCAAACCUCUGUAAUUAUUUUUUAUGGGCCGUUGUUGCCACACAGGAAGUUCUAGAACAUCUGGUAGACAUGGAAAUGAAAAUCUGGCCCGCUAAGACCUCAUAAGAGGAUUUUCGGUUUAGUUUGGGCUCAGAAUGUUUUUACAAGAUAGCAAAGCAAAAAUAAAUUUCUGGAAGUGAAUGUUACGGCGCUACGACAUUUCGGGUCAGGGACAACUCGGGUCGCGACAACUCGGGUCAACGACAACUCGGGUCAACGACACUUCGGGUCAACGACACCUCGGGUCAACGACAUUUCGGGUCAACGAUACCGUUUAAUAUUUUCGCUUCGGGACUUGGAAAAAAGAAUUUUUUGGUGAAUUUAAAAAAUUUUUCAAAUUUUUUCGCUUCGGGACUUGGAAAAAAAGGAUUUUUUGUGAAAUUUGAAUAAAAUUUGAAAUGUUUUCGCUUCGGGAGUUGAAAAAAAAGGAUUCUUUGUGAAAUUUGAAAAAAUUUUGAAAUGUUUUCGCUUCGGGACUUUUAACAAAAGGAUUUUUUGUGAAAAUUGAAAAAAAUUUGAAAGGUUUUCGAGCUGACUGAGUAUGAACUGACUGAAUAUGAAAACUGGGUUUCUGUUACCUUACUGCCUUUAGGGAUUCUUUUUGAAAAUUUUUCGACUUAUAACACUUUUAGACGUUAAUGGUGUUGUUUUGGUGCCUAGUACUGCUUAAAAACACAUUUUUAACACUUCGUACUAAAUAGUACUACCUGGUACUAUUUAGUACGAGGUGCAAAUUUGGCCGUAAGGCGGUAAUGGCGUUGGUUUGGUGCUUAGUAGAACCCAAAAACACGUUUUAACACUUGGUACUAUAUAGUGCCAACUGGUACUGUUUUGUGAGAAGUGAAAACUUGGCCAUGAGGCAGUAAUGGUGAUGGUUUGGUGCUUAGUAGAGCCCAAAAACACGUGGUACUAUAUAGUACCAGGUGGUACCAUUGGUUUUAGACAAAAUUUUAGUGCUGCCGGCACCACAGUUAAUAUUCAGUCAGACACCCUUUUUUCUACUUCCGAUGCGAAAACAUUUCAAAAUUUUGUUGAAUUUUCCAAAAAAUCUUUUUUUCCCAGUCUCGAAGCGAAAACACUUCAAAUUUUUUUCAAAUUUCACAAAAAAUCCUUUUUUUCCAACUCCCGAAGCGAAAACAUUUGAAAAUUUUUUCAAAUUUCACAAAAAGUCCUUUUUUUCCGAGUCCCGAAGCGAAAACAUUUCAAAAAAAAAUUUUUUUCAGGUAACCUAUCCUCGGGGUAACCUAUCCUCCGAGAACGCAAGUCCCGAAGCGAAAACAUUUCAAAAAUUUCUCAAAUUCACCAAAAAAUUGUUUUUUCACAGUCCCGAAGCGAAAAUAUUAAACGGUAUCGUUGACCCGAAAUGUCGUUGACCCGAAGUGUCGUUGACCCGAGUUGUCGUUGACCCGAGUUGUCGUCGACCCGAGUUGUCGCGACCCGAGUUGUCCCUGACCCGAAAUGUCGGGACGCGAAUGUUACUAGGCUUUAGUAAAAUUUAGAGCCGCUAAAAAACCUCUCUUUUUCGACCGCUCUUUGAGCGACUCCUGUACAGCGUAACCUGUCUAUAACGAACAGGUUUGGAGGCCACAUGCAAUUUUAGGCCAUAACAAGCUUCUGUAAAACGAAACCUUUCUAUAACCAAUAUUCCUUCGAUCGCUUACUAUUUAUUGUACGGAGGGUUGACUGUUUCUAUUUUUCUAAUGCUUUUCCUCGGCCAUUCCGAAGAUGACAGGUAAAUUAAGCGUAAGAGUAUGUGAAAUGCGGAGAACGGGUAGAGAGAAAAAAGGCUUCAGCUAGUAUUCCAGUCUUUUGCGAAAAACUAUAUUUUUUUGUGAUAACGCCGGUCUCGCCGCCGGAAAUACGGCAGUAAUUUACAAGGGAAGAACUCCAAUUGCGACGCUCAGAUUUUGAUGAAACGUGGCACAAAUUUAGAAUAAUUUUUUCUAAGAUAUAUGCGAGAAUCCUAGCUUUGCAGAAACAACCGAGAUUUUUAGAUCAAAAGUCGGCCAAAAUUUUGGACUUUUUGCCGAAUUUCGGCACGAAAAGUUUCAUGCCUAUUUCUACCGUAAAGGAUAAUGUUUCUACAAAAAAUCAAAAUUUUCCGCACGAAACUGCCAAAGUUAUGGCCAAAAAGCGCUUUUCUCUCUGACCGCUCUCCACGUUUAGCGUGCUGUCUCGGCGGCAAAAAUCGUCCGAUAUCUCGGCGACGCCCGCAAAGCGCGAGCUAAACCUUUCAGGAAUUGAUAUCUAGUCCAUACCCGACGUGUGUGCAAAAUUUAAAGAAAAUCUGGGCGUCGCACUUGGAGUACUUCCCCUGUUAGUUAUGCCUAACUCACCAAAAAAAGUCAUCAAUUUUCCACCAACUUUAGGGGAAAAAAUCUCUGUUUUUUCUACGAUUUUUUUACUACAAUAUUUACAUCAAGUUUUAAUGAGAUUUCAGCUUUUUAUUUCCUGAAUUUCUCAAUCCAAUCCGCCGCCGGCCCAUUACUAAUUCAGUAAAACAAAAAAAAAACAAAUUCUCGAAUCGUCCGCUUCCAAUUUUACCCCAAUAGAGGACACUUUUACCCGAGCUAAUUUAAAUUCCCUUCUUUCCUCCAUCUCCCCGUCCGAAUGGCCUUAUUUGGAGGGGGAAAUCUCUCGCUCUUUAUUCAUAUACCACUCUUUUUCGGCCGCGCCGGUCCUGGGGCUUUUUUGUGCUUUCUUUUUGUCCGAAACCACGAAAAACCGACAUUUUCAAGGCCUUCGAUUGUUUGGAAGGUGUUGGGGCCGGAAAAAAGUUUAUAGAAUUUUGGGAGAAAAUAAAUUUUUGCUCGAAAAUUGAGCGAUUUUUUGGGUUUUUUUUUUUAAUUUUUUGAUUUUUCUUAGCUAGAGUUCAAGUUUUGGCGAUUUUUUUAAAAAUUUACAAUUAUUGCAGCGCAAAAUCUCGCGGGCCGGCUUCAGUUCAUGUUAAGGCAUCGGCUUGGCUCCAUAAUCCAAGAUGGUAUAGCGGAAGGUAAGUCUCUCCAAUUCUUUUUCGUACAAUUUUAUUGAUGUCAUGAGACAAAAAUUUAAUGAAUAACGGCUGAAUGAGUCAGGGUUUUGUGUCCGUUCAAGCUUCCCAGAAUUUUUUCAACAUUUUUUUUUUAUUUUGUGAUUUUUUCUGAAAACAUUUAUGAAACGGCCUUUGCCUGCGAUUAGGAUCUAUGUGGAAGGUAAGGCGGUUUAUUCGCGGGGAAUGACGAUUUGAGGGGAAUGGUUGACUGACCAUAUUAGUGCAAAUGGCUGUUCUAACGAUCUUUUGGACGACUAAAGUGCUUUACCGAGUCUUUAUGAAACACAACACAAAAUUGAACAAAGAUUUCUCUCGGCCUUUUGUCCAAGCCAAGCUUCAUAAUUGACAAAGAAACAAAAUAUUAUAAUUCCGAAAAAAUUUUAUUUUUUGGUGACCGUAUUGUGGAUUUUCGUUUGAAUUUUGCUUGAACUGAAUCGAUACUGGGUGGGCGAAGUACCGAAUGGAAGCAGAAGACAUCCUGGGUGCCAUGGCGCUUCACUAAAGAAUUGCGAGUAUCCAUUGACAGAUAGAGCCACACCUGUGAGAAGGUAAUGACAGAAAGACCAGGAUCAGUCCUCUAACUGAUCCUGAUCUGACCCGACUCCGUCAUGACCGGACAAGGUCAUAAUAGGGGGUGUAAAAGGUCACACCUGAUCUCUUGACCUGCCUAUUAGUCAAUGUUGAUCGAAGGCCGGUCAAAUUUCGGUCAAAUUCUAAUCCUCAUUAUGAAGCAAUUUGAAGUUCAGAACUUUCUUGUCAAAUUUUUAAAAAUUUUAAGAAACGUUCUUUCCUUUUUUUGGGUUGUCAAAUACCCAGCUUUUAACACAAAUAUUUGGAAGAAUAAAAAACGAAAUUUAAGAAUGAAGUCAAAUAAAAAGGGACUCCUGAUGAUGUCUUAUUUCAGGUCAACGACUGGCCUUGUAUUCCAACCUCUCUCAGAAUUCAGUGAUCUCUCCCAAAUGUGAUCUGGUCGUCAGUCUUCGAUCGAGAGAGCAGGAACUCGCCAAAGCCCAGUGUGUGUGGCUUGUGGAUGUGGUAAGACUUUUGUAAUUUUUGGGGCUAAAUUCUAUAUAAAUUUCCAUUUUGUUUUAUUUAUUAUAUAUCUCCAAAGAUAAACACCUUUUUCAAAAAAAAAUAUUUAAAAAAAUUACAGCUAAAGCGUCUUGAGCCCCAGUUCAAAGUCGAGGUGCGCUAUCACACAUUGACCAACUGCUACGCACUUUACAUUACCUCAACCUACGUCAGUCUUCUCAAAGGCGCCGAAUUAUGUCAUCUGAAAAAGGAAUUGAAGCCGAUUUAUGGCGGCGGCAUGAGGGAAUUCGCGUUUGACGAGGCUCAAUGUUUCCUGAACGUGGAGAGCAAAGAGAGCUUCUUCAGCCAGAUGGAACGGACGAUGAUUGCCAAGCAAAUGCUGGACAUGAUUCGCGCUCCGAUUGGGGGAUUGAGCUGUCAGAUUGGGAUGAAGGAAGAUCAGUUCCUGACUGUGCCGGAUGGACGAACUUUGAGUGAGUUUUAAGAGUAGAUACGGCAAAUUUACAUGGCUAGGGACAUCACACGCAAACUGAGAUAAGAUAAAAUAGUCCGAUGAAAGGAGAAUUCGCCAAAAAAGAUGAAAAAUAUUUUUGUCGGGGAAGAAAUGGUGAUUUUUUGGGGCGAGAGAGUACAUUUUGCGAGUCUGUUCUCUGUCUUCUCCGUGAAAUCAAGACAAAGUGUAAAAAAACCGAUAGCGAAGGGUCUAUUCCGGUCACAGGACUCCUCAGUUUCUAUAAAAUUCUAUUGCUUGCAAUAGAAGGUAUUACUAGCCAUAUAUAGGCGUUGUUUAUACCACAGACACUUUUAAAACUACAUAAAAAAUACUUUUUUGUCGAAACAUUGCAAUCCACACUAAUAAAUAGGUUAAUUUGAGAUUUUCAAACUGAAAAUUGCAAGAGAUGCUGACUCGAUGCUGAUUUGCAUUCCUCCAAUUUCAGUAACCUUUCUCCGCUCCGGCCGACACGCCAUCGUCGACCAUGUUCUCCCACUCCACGACACCGACGAACUCAAAGAGCUCCAACGGAAAUGGGUCCUCACCAUGGACCCUCAGCCUCUGGAUAGUAUCAAGGACUACUUUGGGACGGAGAUUGCCAUGUAUUUCGCGUGGCUUGGCCACUUGACUGCCGCGCUCGGCGCUCCCGCAAUUCUUGGGUUGAUUUUGUGGCUGUUGGAGUGGAGUUUUAGCGGAAGGGCGGUUGAGCUUGAAUGCGAUGAGCUGGACGAGAUUUGUAGUGGGAAUGAGCGUCAUAAUACGGUAUGUAGUUGAAAGUCUAAGCGGCGUAUUGUUAAAAUCUGUAACGUGUUCCGCUAACAAGGGAGGUAUUCCAAGUGCGACGCUCAGAUUUUCUUUAAAUUUUGCACACACGUAGGGCAUGGACUAAAUAUCAAUUCCUGAAAGUUUUAGCUCGCGCUUUGCGGGCGCCGCCGAGAUAUCGAACGAUUUUUGCCGCCGAGAGAGCACGCUAAAAGUGGAGAGCGGUCAGAGAGAAAAGCGCUUUUUGGCCAUAACUUUGGCAGUUUCGUGCGGAAAAAUUUGAUUUUUUGUAGAAACAUUAUCCUUUACGGCUGAAAUAGGCAUGAAACUUUUCGUGCCGAAAUUCGGCAAAAAGUUCUAAAUUUUCGCCGACUUUCGAUCUAAAAAUCUCGGUUGUUUCUACAAAGCGCGAGCUAGGAUUCUCGCAUAUAUUUUAGAAAAAUUAUUCUAAAUUUGUGCCAAGUUUCAUCAAAAUCUGAGCGUCACACUGUACUUCCCCUGUUAGCCUAAAGUUAGCUAAAAAAUUGGUUGUUACAGGCAGGCUUGGCUGUAUGAGGGUCCUAUUUUAAAGUGGCGGACCUGAUCCAGUGGCAAAAAACGUACCACGUUGCAUCCGGGAAGCAUAAAAAAUGUAGCAAAAUGCCUCCAUUUUCAAGUGAAAAAACUGCGAUUUCAAAAGCGCGCCCGCUCUUUUUGUCAGGGAAAGGGCGCACUCUCUUCAAAACGGAGUUUUUUCAGUUGAAAAGGGAGGCAUUUUGCUACAAUUUUGAUACAUCCCUGAUGAAGAAUGGUACGUUUUCUGCCACUGAAUCGGCUCCAUCAUUGUAUGUAUUACAUUUGAAAAAUCUAGGUUCCAAAACAAAAAUAUUUCCAGCUCUUCUCCGACAUUUGUUUCGUCAUCUUCGCCUUCUUCAAUUGUGUUUGGUCCACCGCCUACAUUGAGCUGUGGAAACGACGUCAAGCUGAGCUGGCCUUUCAAUGGGGCACCUAUGACGUUGAGCGUGACCCUUUAAUGGACGAUCCCCGGCCCGCCUUCAAAGGGGAUCUGGCGCCGAACCCGGUGAGCGGUCGGAUCGAGCCACACUAUCCGCCUUGGAAGCACGCGGUGAUACGGUACGGAGUGACAUAUCCGAUAACACUGUUGUGCUGUCUGUUCAUGUUUUUGAUGAUGUUCUUCUUGCUCUAUCUACAGGAUAUUACUGAAGCGUAAGUUUACAAGGGUGGAGCACACAGUUAGCUAUUUAUUUGGUCGCGCGAAAUAACAAAAAAAAAUGGAAAAUUGGACCGCGUAUGAGGCCCCUGUGCGAGACUUGCUGCAAUCACCAAAAUUAUGUUAAUUCCAGAUAUUUCAACGACUCCUUUUUCUUUUAUUGGCUCAUAUACGUCCCUAUCGUAGUUUACGCGCUGAUGGUUAUGGUGGCGGAUCAACUGUAUCGACAUUUGGCGUUGUUUUUCAACGAUUUAGGUGAGGAAAUUGCCCGUAUUGCUAGUGCAUGUUUACAUAGUAUAAUCUAUGGGUAUUUGAAAACACUUUCUAUUUUUUAAGAGAACUACCGAACUGAUGAUGAAUACGAGACCUUUUUGAUCACAAAGAUUGCGCUGUUUCAAUGCGUGAGCGCAUUUGGAUCGCUCUUUUACAUUGCCUUCUUCAUGAACGACAUGAAGCGACUGAGAGAUGUAAGUGAGGAGUAUGUGGGUUUUUACAGAGGGGAAAGUAAGAAUAAUUCUUCGAACGGGCACCCAGAGGUCUCUAGGCUCAAAAACGGCCUUUUCUCAGUGUAAUGCAUAUACAGAUAUUUGAUUAAUGUUUUUCCCCAAAACUUGCUAAUAUAGCCAUUUUUUGGUAUUUUUCUCUCAUGGUUCAAGGAGAUGUCCCAAACGGUAAAGUCCUUUUGGUAUUGACUGUUAAGAGCGGCAAAGAUCGUCUUGAUCAAAGCGCCAGUCAAAAUUUUGAUAAAUUGAUGUCAGAAUCGAUUUUGGGGAUAACGAGUCCAGCCGUCUUCUUCAUGACUUACCUUGUUUCGAAUUCCAGACCUUGGCCACCCUUCUCUUUGCUCGCCAAUUCACCCAGAACGUCUUCGAAGUUGCGGCUCCAUUUCUCAUGGAGCGGCUAAAGUUCUGGCGUCUCAGCUAUCGGAUGACCCGCACUUUGAGCGAACGUUCACUUCGAAGGCACGUGGAAAUUGCCAAAGAAGAAAAGAUUCGGAGGCAAAAUUCCACGGAGCUGAAGACGCCGGAGAAGUGUGGAGAAUACGAGAAUUUGGUUAAAUUUGAGAUCCCAAAAGAGGAAGAGGAAAAGAAUUCAAAUAAUUUGACAAUCAGAAGGCCGAGCACGCUGCCGGACAAUCAAUUCAGCCCGAAUCGACUGCGAAGGAGUCAGUUCUCGACGAAAAAUGUGGAACUGUUGAGUGUAGGUUCACAUCUCUUCAAUAAUUGACAAUUAGAGCCCGAUGCCUCGCACGUCAAACUGAGAUAAGCUAAAACGGUCCUGUGAAUGGAGCCGUCAAAAAAUUCGCACAAAAAGACGCAAGAAAACCUUUUGUCGAGCAAGAAAUGGGGAGCUUUUAGGGCGAGAGAGUACGUUUUUGCGCGCCUUUUCUCUGUCUUCUCUGUGAAAUCAGGACAAAGUGUAAAAAACCGAUAGCGAAGGUCUAUCAUCGGACUUCUCAGUUUGACCUGCUUCGCCGAAGAUUAGAAUUUAUUUUCGACGGGUUUUAGUGUUGAUUUUUGGCUGAUAGAGAAGUAAAAAGGUUUUAAUGCUAAUUUUUGGCUGAAAGAUUAGAUUUAGAAGUAAAAUUUCAGAAGCUGACAUCUCCUUUGCCCUCUUCAAACUCGCGACUUCCACUUCCGGAGUUCUGUCCGACUGACAGUAAGUGCUUAUAAAACGGGGAGUUCUGGGAUUUGCAGCAUGCAGACUUUAUAAAAAACUAUAUAAUAAAAAAGUUAUUAUACGCGCUUUGCCAGUGAAAAAAAAAUUGCCCAUAGUUCGGCGCGAGUAUCUGUCAGUCGAGAAAAUAAUGAGCUCAAAGUCGCUGCGCCAAUCGAGUUGCUGAAGUGAAAAGCAAUUUGAUUUUGCCGCGACUCGCGACACAGUUAAUUUUCUCAGCAGCGAUGCGAUUUUCGAUGUGACAGAGUGUUCAUUACUUCUUCUACAGACUGAUACGCUGUAUGGAUACGGGCAAAAAACCCUUUCUCUGACAGCUCUCUUCGUUUUCCGCGUUCUCAUCAAAAUGGGCAAAAAUUGACACUCCGAAACAGAGACUGCCACGGACAAAAUUUUGGCUCCGGCUCUUAGCUCUCAGAGCCGAAGCCGAGGCCAAAUUUGCGGCUCCGGCUCCCAGGCUGCAAAAAAAUUUUUUUUUAAAUGUUUUUCCUAAAACAAACGUUACGUGUGCCAGAGAUGGCACACCCAACGUUUUUGAACCAAUUCGUAAGUACGCAACACAUUCUUCCCAGUAUUUUUUAUGCAAUUUGUUUAACAAGAUCACGAAAUUUUUAAUUUUCUGAACGCUGAGAAGUCUGGCUCCGAUUUUGGGUGGAGCCGCUCAGAGCCGGAGCCUGGAGCCGUGGCAAUGUCUGCUCCAAACUCAAAAAAAUCUUUUCCAUUUUCCAGAAUUUGUCUUCACUGACGCGGAGCUCCAAAGCUUGAUGACGGUGUACGCGCGGCCUCUGGACGACUACCUUGAAAUGUUCAUCCAAUUCGGAUACGUUCUCCUCUUCUCGCCAGCCUUCCCACUGGCCGCCGUCUUCUGCCUGUUCAGCAACAUGUUGGAGAUUCGCGUUGACGCCUUCAAACUCUGCAACGCAGUCCAACGUCCGUUCGGCCGCCAGGUCAAGAACAUUGGGGCUUGGCAGAAAGCGAUGGAGAUUAUGGGAGUUCUGGGGGUUGUGGUGAACUGCGCGCUGAUUGGUCAGAGCGGCUUGGUGCAGCGGCUGCUGCCCGGCCUCUCGUUUGGUGGCCAAGUUUUGCUGGUCGUCAUCUUGGAGCAUCUGGUACUGGCGGCCAAGUUUUUGUUGGAUAUGGCCAUUCCGGAUGUGCCGUUGUGGAUUCGGGUGCAGACCGCCAAAAUGGAGCAUUGGCGGAGGGAGGCGUACAAGGUGAGUGUUUAAAGCUGUUCUUUUAGAAAGAUCUUCCCGAAUGAAUGAAUGUCCACAGAUUGUGGGCCCUCUUUUCCAAAAAAAUUCCAUCUUUUUUGGUCAAUUUAAGAGUAUCUAUUUUCAGCGAGAAAGCAAGCUAAACUCGCGACGAGGCUCGGUUCAUCAGUCGCCCGGUCCACAAUUACCUUUGCCAAACCAUACGCUUCAUAGUUCCUCACCGCCAGAGAAACGAGCGGUCAAUGGUGACAAUGGUAAGUUAGAGGGAACUGAUCCAAAAUUUUUCAAUUUUUGUUGAUAACUUGUUUGAUUAUAAUGUCAUCAAAAACUUGGAAAAUUCACAGAAAAGUUGUCUACCUUGUUUUUUUAGAAGCGUUUAAAGAUCGUGAAAUUUAGACAGAGUCUUCCAUUUUUUUGAGAGCUUCGCCAGGGACUUUCAGGCUAUAAAUUCAAAAUUCGAAAUUACAAAUGGAGAGUUUAAAUAUUUAAUAAGCCUUUUUGAUCUUUAUUUUCCAAGGAGAGUACAUUUAUGGGGGGCUACUUACUUUUAGACGGGACGUAUCUCAAAAAAGACGUAAAGUUAUGCUGAUUAAGAAUAUAUCAAAAUUAGUUGCCCAAUUUUGGUUUUUAGGGAUAAAAAAUUACCCAUAAGUUGAUUUGAGUUCCUACAGCGUACCUGAUCCAGAGGCAAAAAACGUAUCAUUUUGCUCCCGGGAAAUAUCAAAAAACGUAGCAAAAUACCUCAACAAGUGAAAAAACUUUGGUUUCAACAGCGCGCCCACUCUUUUUGUGAGGCCUUUGGAACGAAGUUUUUUAGUUGGAGAGGGAGGCAUUGUUACAUUUUUGAUACCUCCUGGAUGCCAUUUUUUUUGUAAUUUACAUGGCCUAAAGCUAGGAGCCCCAUAAAAGUACUUUCCUUAUGAAGACCUCUAAAUUGAACCUCUACAUCUUCAUUUACAAACUAAAGACCAUUCAAUUUCCAGCCCCUCCCCAAGCCCGACCGCAGAUCCCGGAGAAUUCGCGAGGGUUCGGCCGCUUCGUCCGCAAACGCGCUCCUCUUCCCGGCCUCUCCAAGAACUUUACGCUCAACCGGACCCAUCGAAGUGUCACGCCGACAACGAAUCGCCUUCAUUCCGAAGACCGAAAGGACGUUUAA